AUGCCUCCAAAGCGUGGAAGAGGUGGUGCGGGCGGUGCAGGUAGAGGAGCGGGCAGAGGCGGAGGUCCUGUUAUUGCCGCUGCUGCUCCCUCGGGUGCUGGAAGAGGUGGUGCAGCAUCUGCCGCUGCUCCAUCUGGGCCUCCCAGUCAUGUCGCCACAGUCGGUGUAAAGAGACCUGGGUUUGGGAAGUCAGGACGGGCAGUUACUGUAAUCACCAAUCAUUUCCCUUGUAAAAUUCCGACAGGUAUCAUCUAUCAUUACGAUGGAGCCUACGAUGGACAGAAGAAUCUCUUCACCACCAAGAAGCUCGAUCUUGGGGAAACCGACACUCGAACCUUCGAAAUGCCUCUUGGAGAAGCACGCGGAGAUCGCCCUCCUCGCACACGCAAGAUCAAGAUCACGUUGGUUGCAGAGAUAAACCCGGAAGUGCUGGCACAAUUUCAGCUUGGUCGCCAUGCUCAAGACAACGAGGUCCAGACUGCUCUCACCGCAUUAAACGUCGCCUUGCGUCAUGAACCCAUUUCGAGGUAUGCCUUUAACACGCGUUCGUUUUUCCUCCCCAACGGAAUACAAAAAGUUGGAUUCGGUUUGCAACUAUGGCCCGGUGUUUUUCAAUCUAUCCGUCCGGCCAUUAGUUCGAUGCACUUGAACGUAGAUACUAGCACUGGCGUGAUCUUUACGCCCGGACCGCUCAUCACUCAUUCCCUGGAAUUUUUGGAAAGACGUUUGCCGGCCGACUUGGCUCGACUUAAUAGUCGCGAUCUUCGUAGCCUUGCCAAGAAAUCGAUCAUGGACCUGACCGACAAAGGUGCUUCGCAGUUCAUGUUUGAGAGUAAUGGGAAGAAAAUCUCGGUCGCCGAUUACUUCAAGCAGACAUACAAGAAAACGCUGCAAUUCCCUCAGCUUCCGUGCGUCAAGGUUUCUCAAACAUCUGUGAUACCAAUGGAGUUUUGCGAGGUCCUGCCUGGCCAACUUAUGCGCAAGGGCGUUCCAAAGGAAUUGACGGACGAUAUGGUCAAAUUUUCUCGGAGAAAACCAAGUGAAAGACUGACAGCAAUUAAAACGUCUUUGAGUGCCCUCAACCAUCAGUCUGCUAUUGUUAGUCAAUUUGGUAUUACCGUUGAAACCAACCCGGUCGAAUGCCCUGCUCGGGUCUUGAUGCUCCUCAAAUUCAGGGGUGGGGUCUGGAACUUGAGAAACGAACGCCUGAAGCAACCAGCAGUAAUUAAAGGAUGGAUCAUGGCUAUAUUUGAACGCCGACAAGUUUUUACCGAGGAAAUUGCCCGCAAAACGAUCGAUUCACUGAAAGCCGCUUGCACAGAGAAAGGAAUCCAGGGGUUGGACACAAAUCCGUUGAUCGAAUGGGUUCCAGCCCAAGGUGAUACCUCAAAGAUUCUGACCGAACUGGGUGGCAAGUUCAAGACCGCCCGCGGUGCGCUUCCCAACCUCAUUGUGGCGAUCAUGCCCAGGUCGUCGGGUGAUAUCUAUCCAUUCGGCGAUGUUAUGGCGGGGGUAGCGACCCAGUGCAUGAAGGCCGACAAAGCCAAGGGACAGAACACUAAACGCCUAAUAAACAGGAUCAAUGUCAAGCUUGGAGGAGUGAAUUCGGUCCUGAUGCCUAGCGAUGAAACAAAGUUUUUAACUGACCCAGCGAAUCCAACUAUGAUCAUGGGGCUGACGUCGCUCAUCCCGCCCCCGGUACUGAAGGCCGACCGUCUUUCACAGCUCUCGUGGGCAGUGUCGAUUCGGUUGCUAGUAAAUAUGUGGCAGCCACCGAGCCCAGAAGUCUCGGGAAUCACCGACCUCCAAGAAAUGGCUGAAGACUUAAUCAGGAAGUUCCAAGGCUAUCAAAAGAUGGUCGAGAAGAGGAACACACUUGGUCCGAAACGUAUACUGUUUAUCGUGACGGAGUUUCCGGUAAUUUCAGUAGCUCUAUCGCUCACUCCAUUCACUCACUCGGGGACAGAGGGCCAAUUCAAGUUUGUGUUGGAGAACGAAGUACCGGCUCUCCAAAGGGCAUGCAAGGCUUGCGGUGUUGAUACUAAAAUCACAUUUGUGAUUGUUGGGAAACGACAUCACACUCGUAUGUUCCCAAAAGAUAAAGCCAAUGCCGAUAAAAGCGAGAAUUGCUUAGCCGGAACCGUUGUGGACCAAGUCAUUGGCCAUCCGCUCGAGUUUGACUUUUUCCUCCUCAGCCACGCUGGCCUCAUUGGAACCUCUCGACCCGCUCAUUAUAGCGUGGUACAUGAUGACAACAAUUUCACGCCCGAUUCUUUGCAAAAGUUGACGUUUGCCCUCUGCCAUGUUUAUGCUCGUGCGACUCGUUCAGUGUCGAUACCUCCUCCCGUCUAUUACGCCGACAUUGUCUGCGGACGUGCCAGGCACCAUCUGCCGCCGGAUUUCGAUAUGUCUGAUAGCGCAACGAUCGCAAGCGGGACAGAUGCAGAGGCUCUGCUCGAACGUAUCAAGGCAGCAUAUAGGCCUACUCAUCCGACCAUAGCAAGGAAUAUGUACUUCCAAUGA